CUCCUCCUUCAUAAAACCAGCACGGACGAAACACGCUGAAGGCAGAGAAAUACAGAGAGAGAGAGAGAGAGAGAUUCCCUAAUCGAGUUUAGCUUUCUCUCUUCGUUUCUCUCCUUCCUUAUCGUCAUUGGUUUUCUUUGAUCUUCACAUUUAUCACUCCUUCAGAUCACGGAAAAAGGGCUUUUCUUGUUUUCCGGGAAAAUCCAUCUCUUUCGUGGUAUCUUUCAAUCAUGGUUUUCUGGGUUUUUAGUUAUGGUUCACUUGUAUGGAACCCUGGUUUUGAUUACGAUGAGAAAAUAAUUGGCUUCAUCAAGGAUUACAGGCGUGUAUUUGAUCUUGCCUGCAUCGAUCACAGAGGUACUCCUGAACACCCAGCAAGAACUUGCACGCUGGAGGAAAAAGAAGGGUCUCUAUGUUGGGGUGCUGCUUAUUGUGUUCGGGGUGGCCCUGAAAGGGAAAGAAAAGCAAUGGAGUAUUUGGAGCGAAGAGAAUGUGAAUAUGAUUCGAAAACUCUUGUAAACUUCUACAAGGACGAAGACUCUCUGCAGCCUACAUUGACAGGAGUUAUAGUUUUCACAUCCACGCCUGACAAAGUAUCAAACAAGUACUACUUGGGGCCUGCUCCAUUGGAGGAAAUGGCAAGGCAAAUUGCAACUGCCUGGGGACCAUGUGGAAACAACAGGGACUAUCUUUUCUUGUUAGAAAAAGCUUUGUAUGAUAUUGGGCAUGAGGAUGACUAUGUGAUAGAGCUUGCAAAAGAAGUGAGGAAGGAACUUGGAAUUGUUGGGAGUGGAAUUUCAAAGGAGAAGAAGUUGAUGGUGCCACCCCAUAUCCCAGUCCAACACAAAUCCAACAUUUCUGCUUUACAACUGCAGCCCCUGCCAGAAGCCAUUGCCAUUGCCAUGGACUCGUGACCAAGGAAACAGAACCCAUUUAAAGAGAACUAAUGGUGCUAUUAUGCUACAUUACUUCAACCCCGGGUUGAUUUAUCAUACAAGAUAGCUAUUUUGUCCAAUUGUUCUUUUGUUUCGUUAUUGUAAUGCAAACCCUUUUAAACCCUUUAAACCUCAUGUGGAAUUAGGUUCUGCACUCGCCUUAGGAUUGAAAUGGAUACCGGCUAACCACAAAUAUGCUCUCCUCCGUCUUUUUUUUUUCUUUCUUUUUUAACACAAUACAAUUGGCGAAUUCUAGAUUAUGAAAGGAAAGGGGAAUGUUUUAUGUUUAUAUUUUAUAUGCAGCCGACUGUUCAUUGUUCUA